AUGGACCAGCUCAACAUCAGCCCGGAGACCGCCCAAGGCCUGCAGAACCUGUCCGCCAAGGACAAGCAGGAGCUGAACCAGUUUGUUCAAAACGAAGCACAAAAGGCACAGAUACAGUCAGCCGUCCACAGCCUUACAGAGACUUGCUUCCGCAAAUGCGUCACGGGCAAGAUCUCAGCCGCCGCACUCGAUCGUAGCGAAGAGCCUUGCCUGCGCAACUGCGUCGAUCGGUUCAUGGAUGCCAACAUGACUGUCAUUCGUCAUCUUGAGCAGAUGCGGACGAUGUAG